GGAAUAACACUCAUUGUUUCAAAAACAUAAAGGUAUUUUUUUAAUAUUUUAAGUAAUUCCAUUCAUUCGUCGAAUUCAUUGAUUUAAGAAAAAAGUAGUUUAUUGUUUUAGUAUUUGAAAAUGGGAAAAUGGUUUCUUGGGAAAAUCAUUCCGUAUGUGCCUAACACUGUUUAUGACAACAUUUUAUAGAAGAAGACAUAAUGCAAGAGACAUUAAUUUGAUGUCCUGUUUUUACCACAUAUCUUCCCUUAUGCUGUUUGGUGUUUCCAGAGGAGAUGUUUGGAUCAAGACAAAAGCAGAAGUUGCAGGUGGCUGGAAUAGACCAAGAUGAAUUGGUAGACCCAUCUGUUCUGGCUGAUCCGGACAGCUGUUUUCUUGAAUUCAAUGGAGUACGGGUGCACCACAAGGUAUGUGAUGCAGGCCAACCAAACGCGUCACAAGAAGGGAUCGACUCUCUGUCCCAUUCCCAUCAAAGUAAAAGAACAAACUUUCCAAUGGUUCUGUUACAUGGUUUUGGAGCCUCGGUGUUUUCGUGGGACCGGGCCAUGAAACCACUUGCCAAGAUUAGUUGCUCCAAAGUGCUUGCCUUUGAUAGACCGGCUUUUGGAUUGACCUCAAGACCAAAUCCGGUUGAUAACAGAGCUUUGAAUCCGUACUCUACAACGUUUUCUGUACUUGCAACACUUCACUUCAUUGACUCCUUGGCAGCUGAUAAGGCAGUUCUAGUGGGACACUCGGCGGGUUGUGUGGUAGCAGUCGAGGCAUAUUUUGAAGCACCCGAACGUGUAGCCGCUCUUAUUCUUGUUGCCCCUGCAAUUGUUGCAUCAUUUACCUCGCGUAAAGUCAACCAAAGUGCAGGAAAAAGUCAAACAGAUAAGAGGAACCCAGAGUCGUCGUCGUCACCAUGCAAAAAAUGGAAUGUGUUUGGAAAGAUUUUGAGCAUUUUGUCAAACUUUGCCAAACAAGUUGCGCAAAUAUUAACCGGCAUUGUCAAAGGCAUGGGAGAAAUGCUCAACUCUCUAUAUAGGAAAGCUUUAGCCUCAUUCUUGCGCUCUGCCAUUGGUCUUGUGCUGAUGAGAAUGGUAAUCAGUAAGUUUGGUACAGCUGCGGUUCGAAAUUCUUGGUAUGAUCCAAAACAAGUAACAGAACACGUCUUACAAGGCUACACCAAGCCUCUGAGGGUGAAAGGAUGGGAUCGGGCGCUUGUUGAACACACAGUAGCAAUGCUUACAGAAUCAAAGUUGGGAUCAAAGCCACCACUUUCACAAAGAUUGAGUGAAAUCGCAUGUCCAGUUUUGAUCGUCACGGGAGACAAAGACCGACUUGUCCCUGCUUGGAACUCAGAGAGAUUGUCCCGAGCCAUUACCGGGUCUUGCUAUGAAGUGAUCAAGAACUCUGGUCACUUGCCCCAUGAAGAGAGGGUUGAAGAAUUUGUUUCCAUUGUGGACAUGUUUUUUCAGAAGGUGUUUGGUGAAGUACAAGAACCACACUUACAAGUAGUUAGUUAGUUAGUUGCACGAAUACUUCGUUCAUUUGGUCCUGAGGGACCCUUGGGAUGAGAUUCAUCCUAGGUUGUAGACAAAUACUUUGUGCACAACAACAAUCAAUUCUUAAUCCUUGAUUGGGUCUUGAACUAUGAAUCAUUUCCGAAAAUAGAUUACCCUAUUCUUAGGGUACUCUGCCACAUGAUAGGAGGUAAAUUGAGUUUAGUCUUAGAAAUAAGGGAAUGAGAUCGGG